GUUUCAUUGAAAUGAAACACUAAUUGGAAAUAUAUAUAUAUACAUUGUACAUAGUAUACACAACAAUAAUGCCCUAGAAAAUAUCUUACUGAUAAGUAGGUGCUGAUAAAGCGUACCAUGAAUGUAAAUUAGUUUCCUGUCAAGCUGAACUAAUGUUUUCAGUAUGAAUGGAGCUCAAAUAGGUUGUAAAUUAUUUUUACUGUAAAAUUAUUUCAUGCAAUUAAAACGUAAACUCGUAGUGUUUGAAUUCUUUGUUAAAUUGUAAUUGCUUCAACUUAAUGUUUGUGAUCAUUUUCUUCUUGAUACAGUAUAAUACAGAACUUAAAACUAUUACAUAUUUAGAUAAAAUAAAGUAUUGUUGUUUUUGUAACAUUACUGAAAUUCUUAACUAUUUUUCUUUUUUAUUAAAUACUUGCCUUGGAAAAAAAUAAGAAUAGACUCUUUCUCACCAUAUAUUUAGAAUAAAUUUAAGUUCUGCAUUAUUCUAUAUUAAGAAGAUAUAUAAAUAUACAAAUAUUCCAAAACUGUCCAUGAAUUCUCUACUCUUAUGAACCUAUUGAUCACUUUGAAAUAUUUCUGCAAUUCAACUCAUAUACAAACAAUGGCUGGUGGGCAAGAGCCAAAGUGGCAGAAAGAUGCAGCGGAUCAGAAUUUCGAUUAUAUGUUUAAACUCCUCAUCAUAGGCAAUUCAAGUGUUGGAAAAACAUCUUUUCUCUUCCGAUACGCAGAUGAUUCUUUUACUUCAGCAUUUGUUUCAACCGUAGGAAUAGAUUUUAAAGUUAAAACAGUUUUUCGCCAUGAUAAACGGGUCAAACUUCAAAUAUGGGAUACUGCAGGACAAGAAAGAUACCGAACAAUAACAACUGCUUAUUAUCGUGGAGCUAUGGGUUUCAUUCUCAUGUAUGACAUUACAAAUGAAGAAUCAUUCAAUAGUGUUCAGGACUGGGUAACCCAAAUAAAAACAUAUUCAUGGGACAAUGCUCAAGUUAUCUUGGUAGGCAACAAGUGCGAUAUGGAAGAUGAAAGGGUAAUAUCAUUUGAAAGAGGAAAACAGUUAGCAGAGACACUUGGCAUUGAAUUUUUUGAAACUUCUGCAAAAGAAAACAUUCAUGUUAAGGCUGUUUUUGAAAGACUUGUAGACAUUAUUUGUGAUAAAAUGUCAGAGUCUUUAGAUUCCGAUCCCAAUCUUUUGACAGGUGCAAAAGGUACCAGAUUGACUGAACAACCGCAAGGCCAAAGCAACCCAAACUGCAACUGCUAGGGUCGCCUAAUUUAGCGCCUCCAUUGGACGUGUGCACAAAUCCCAUUUGCCUCGCCCUCUUUCUUCUAACAUCUGUUUUUCUUUCAAUGCAAAUACUUGUUUACAAUCAAUUCUUAAGUUAUGUUAUAACAAAAGUUAUUAACAUGACAAAGGGCUGAGGGGAUCCCUCAUUUUCAAUUGUUUCGGGAGACACAUAUCAACGGUCGGGAAGAAGGGGACAGAACAGAAAUGCUGGAAUGCUAAUAAAGUGUAUUCACUAUCAGAUCUUGAACUAGGUAGAAAGAAGCAUAAUAGAAAUCUAUUUUUAAUGGAUUUAUCUUAUUUUAUAGAUUUGUCUUCAAUUAAAUCAAACAUAGUAGACUAAAGAUUAAAUAGUCUAUACUACGGUACUUCUUUAUUAUACACUGAAAUAGAUAAUUCUGUAAAUAAAAAUAACAUUAAUUGUCUUGUGCCUUCUAUUUCAAUCUUUUAUUAAUAGUAUGUUUCAAGCAAUUAUCACUAUAAAUGAAAAAAAAAAAAUCAUCUUAAGCCUAAAUGAGUCCUAAAUCUUUUCAUAUUUCCAAAAUAUAUCAAGUUCUUUUAAUAUUUAUUCAAUAAUAUUAACCUACUUCCUCUUGGCUCUAUGUCAAUAAGAAACUGUUUCAAGUUUUUUAGUUGGACAAUUAAUAAACUAUUUUAAAGUUGUAUUGACUAAGAAGUUGUUUAUGAUAAGUUCCUAUCUAUGUAUGUGAUAGUGAAUAUGCAUUUUAUGUUGUUGUUUUUUCCUUUUCAUCAUAGGAAGAACCAGCGAUUUAGACAAUAAGAAAUGAACUCUGUAUAAUUCCCGGCCGUAACUUGAGUUUACUCCCAUUUCUUUUUAGAUAUAAUAAGUAAACUGUGAAUAUCUUUAGUCGUUUCGUGGGCUUAAAUACUUUGUUCAGUCAGGUGGCUAUACAAUAAAGACCUAGAACUUAUCUUCAAAUCGAUAUAAAAAAAUUGUUCUUUAUAAAAAUAUUAUUUAUUUUAAUAAACCAAUUAAUUAAUAAUUAUAAGUAUCAUAUUCAUUGUUUUAUUAGAAUAAAGCAUAAGUAAAUCUCUAUCUUUGAAUAUACAUGUUUCUUUAAUACUCGAAUUAUUUUCAAUACAUAAUGAUAAAUUAAUUUUUUAUAAAUAAAACAUUAGUUCAUGAUCUUUAUUUAUAGCUCACUCUUAGUCUUUUCAGAAGUAUUUUUUUAAUCAUUUAUAAUUUGCAAGAGGGUUUCUACAUAGUUAUUUCAUGUGGUAUUUUCUUUUCUUUUUUUAAAUAUGUUGAGUUAAAUCAUAAUCUAUUUAAACCACUUUUUUACAAACAUAAAAGUUCAUAACUUUAAAAAAAAAAUUAAUUUAUGAACAAAAUUUUACAAUUUACUUUAUUUGCAUAGUAUGCUCAUAACUGACAAAAAGGAGCUAAAUAAUUUUUUUUAAUAUGUGAAGACAAACAAAGAGGGUAACAUAAUUUUUUUAAGUUUGUUAAUAAAUAUAUUGUUUACUUAUAUGUAUUUGUUAAAGUACCAAAAAAAGUUUAUGUAAUUAAUUAUUAGUUAAAAUCAUAUAAAAAAAAUAUUUAAAAAAAGAAUAAAAAAAAAGCCAAUAGUUCUUGUUAAUUUGUGACUCUUCUGUGUUUCUUUUGUACAUAUGCAAAUACAUGUUUUGUUAAUAACACUAAUGUACACCUUUAUAGGAAUUAUAAUAAAAUAUAUGUACACAAGAAAUGUAUAAAUAAGUAUGCAAAGGUACUAGAUUGCUUAGAGCUUAUCAAUAUCAGCUGGGAACCACUAAUGUAUAUUGUAAAUAUUAAGAAUACAUUAAUGUGUGUUGUUGAAAUCGUUUUAAAUGAUGAAGAGUCGAAUUACAUUCAAAAAUGAAAUGAUAAAAAAAAAGAAAAAAAAAUGAAAAGAAGUUGUCUGACCAAUAGGAGUUGUGAAAUUAGGACUUUCUAGCAGUCCAGAGCUUAUUGGUACAUCCUUUUUUCUUUCAUUAUUUUUUAAAAUAAGAAUGUUAAAAGUAGUAAACAAUUUUUGAAUGUUGUUAGAUUUGAAACAUAACUCUUGUACAAUCUCAUAACUCUGCAUUUAAUGUUAAGGAAAUAAACAGUAUUCAUCUUUAUGGCAGAAUGCUAACUUGCUUCAUGUUGACCUCUCUCUAUAAGUAAAAGUAAGAUGGGCUGCGCUCACAAUCAUUGUCUAAUCUUUAACUGUUAUCGAUCUCCCUCUUUUUCUCACUGAGGUGACAUUAAGAGGUUCAAGCCAUAAUAAUUAUCUUUUAAAUAUAUUUAAUCAUCACAUAUUUGUAUGAUUAAAUAUCUGUAAGUCUGUUUAGCUUAUAAAGUUAUUAAUGUUGAAUAUCACUAUUUCUAAUAAUCUAUUACUUACAAAAUAUAUUAUUGGUCAUAUUUCAGUCAAAUUCUGCAGACCCUCUUAUUGGCAUCUCAAGUUUAAUUUUCAUGUAUAAUUAACUCUUUUGUCGUUUGCAAUGUAACUAACUCUCAUUAACAUUAAAUUAAAUAUAAACAAUGAGAAUGUGUGUUAAUAAAAUUGUAAUUAAUGAUACAAAAAGAACCUAAUAUUGACGGUGUUAAAUGUUAGUAAAUAGAUGAAAUUAAUAGAGACUUCCUACUGUAAGAACACCUAGUAUUUUUUUUCUCUUGAUGAUAACACAAGAGGGAGUGUAUAUGUUGCUAAAAGCAAAAUAAAUAUGUUUCUAAACAAAAUAUGAUUUUUCUCCCUAGAAAAAAGUAAUUAAAUAAGUAGUGUUUGACGUGUGUGUGAGUCAGUAACUUUUAAGCUCCUGUCAAGUCAUGUGGAUCUAUACCCCCAGUUUUUUAAGAUGAUGAGCCACUGUGGCAUUAGAAGUAAUAAUAAUCAAUAAUAUGGCCAAUAAAUCAUGAGUAGUUGCAUGAGUGUCCUGGUUCACACAUUCAAGAAGAAAGUCAUCAUUAACGAUCAAUGAGUGACCUGAUCUGGGUUCAUCAGCAAGGCUCAUAUUCCCAUUGUUUAAACGCCU